AGCUCUAGAUCUUUUUCCGGUGUCCGAGCUGCUGUAGCCCCUACGUGGUGAGUAGAUCGUGUCCAAAGAAAUCAGCGGAGGCUUCCACAGUCCCUGGUUGGAAUGGAACCGGCGGUGAGGAUGAGAGGCGCUGAAGACCAGAAGACCCAGGGCGUGAACGGGGCGUGUCAUCCCUGGAGUUUCAGUAGAAUUUCAGGCCUGUCUGCUUGAGCAGCAGAGGAGGAGUUUCUGUGUGCCUGUGAGAGACUGUGUGUGUGUGUGUGUGAUGAAUGAACAGGGUUGUGUACGUGUGUGUGCGUUAGACAAAUGAACAGUGUUGUGUACCUGUGUGAAUUGUCACUGUGACUCCAGGCUCUAGGCUCUGCAGAUUCCUCAGCCCUAUCGCCUCACAGACACUUGGGAUGUGCAGCAGGUAAAAGAGAGAAGCCAGAUUCAUGGAGGCAUGAAGGAUCACAGCAAGAAAACACAGACUUGAUCUUGAGACGAGAUUUUUGAAAUUGGUUGCGGCCUCAAGGCAGGCUCUGAGAAGACUCGAUAAAGAGUUCUCACGAAUAGGCAUCCCUCCUGGAUAUUUCCCCCUUGGAAGCGCCGAGGAGCCAGCUAUAUGUUUGUAACCAUAGCAUUUCUAAAGCUCCAGCCCCAGGAACCUGCUGUGAAUUAGAGACAGAUUCCACCCUAUUGGGAAGGUCAACACUGUUCCAGUUUCUCUCCUACUCCCAUCUGGUUGUGCUCGGUGAAGUAGGUGAGCAGUGCUACCCUUCUUAAAAAAAAAAAAAAAAAAAAAAAAGAUCCUGAAAGAGGAAAGAAUUUUUGCUGCACAUCUGAAAGCUAAAGUCCAGGUGCCAUUGACAUUCAGCGAUGUUGCCAUAGACUUCUCUCAGGAGGAGUGGGAAUAUUUAAACUCGGAUCAGAGGGAUUUGUACAGAGAUGUGAUGUUGGAGAAUUAUACUAACUUGGUCUCAUUGGACUGAUUUCACAACUGAAAGCGACAAGUUAUCUUCAGAAAAAAGAAAUUAUGAAGUAAAUGCGUACCAUCAGGAGACAUGGAAAAUAAAUAAAACCUUCAACCUUAUGAGGUUUAUUUUCAGAACUGAUCCACAGUACACAGUUGAAUUUGGGAGACAACAGAGACCUAAAGUGGGAUGUUUUAGUCAAAUGAUAUUCAAAAAACAUAAAUCCCUUCCUCUACAUAAGAGAAAUAACACAAGAGAGAAAUCAUAUGAGUGUAAGGAAUAUAAGAAGGGCUUUAGAAAAUAUUCGCACCUUACUGAACAUCUGAGAGACCAUACUGGUGUGAGACCCUAUGAAUGUAAUGAAUGUGGAAAAGCAUUUGUAGUUUUCCAGCAUUUUAUUAGACAUCGAAAAAUCCACACUGAUUUGAAACCCUAUGAAUGCAAUGGAUGUGAGAAGGCCUUUAGGUUUUAUUCACAGCUUAUUCAGCAUCAGAUAAUUCAUACUGGUAUGAAACCCUAUGAAUGUAAGCAAUGCGGGAAGGCUUUUAGACGUCAUUCUCACCUUACAGAACAUCAGAAAAUUCACGUUGGCUUGAAACCCUUUGAAUGUAAGGAAUGUGGGGAAACGUUUAGAUUAUAUCGACAUAUGUGUCUGCAUCAGAAAAUUCAUCAUGGUGUGAAACCCUACAAAUGUAAAGAAUGUGGAAAGGCUUUUGGUCAUCUUUCAAGUCUUUACCAACAUAAGAAAAUUCAUUCUGGUGAGAAACCAUAUAAAUGUGAACAAUGUGAAAAGGCCUUUGUUCGCAGCUAUCUACUUGUUGAACAUCAUAGAAGUCAUACUGGUGAGAAACCUCAUGAAUGCAUGGAAUGUGGAAAGGCUUUUAGUAGGGGCUCAAGCCUUCUUAAACAUAAGAGAAUUCAUAGUAGUGAGAAACUCUAUGAUUGUAAGGAUUGCGGAAAGGCCUUUUGUAGAGGCUCUCAACUUACACAGCAUCAGAGAAUUCAUACUGGUGAGAAGCCACAUGAAUGUAAAGAAUGUGGGAAGACUUUUAAGCUUCAUUCACAUCUUAUUCAACAUCAGAUAAUUCAUACUGAUUUGAAGCCAUAUGAAUGUAAGCAAUGUGGGAAAGCCUUCAGUCGUGUUGGAGACCUUAAGACACAUCAAUCAAUUCAUGCUGGGGAGAAACCCUAUGAAUGUAAGGAAUGUGGAAAAACCUUUAGACUUAAUUCUCAACUAAUUUAUCAUCAGACAAUUCAUACUGGUUUGAAACCCUAUGUAUGUAAAGAAUGUAAGAAGGUCUUUCGUUCUAUCUCAGGUCUUUCUCAACAUAAGAGAAUUCAUACUGGUGAAAAACCCUAUGAAUGUAAAGAAUGUGAUAAGGCCUUUAAUCGCAGUGAUCGACUUACUCAACAUCAGACAAUUCAUACUGGUGUGAAACCAUAGAAAUGCAAAGAAUGUGGUAAGGCCUUUAGUCAUUGCUAUCAACUUAGUCAACAUCAAAGAUUUCACCAUGGUGAGAGACUCUUAAUGUAAUGAGAGGGAAAGCCUUUAGCCAUGGCACAUUUUUACUGUUGUCACUAUUAUGAUGCUAUAGUGAAGAUUAAACUAGUUAAUAUAGAAUAUAAAUACUUGGAAAGGCAUCUGGCACAUAUUAUUUGCUUACUAAAUACAUUAUUUUUAUGAUAAUUGUUAGAAUUACUAAAAAUAAAUUUUAUAGAAGGAAGACCCUAUGAGUGUGAUAUUUUGAAAAUGCUCUAUCAUCACUUCAUAUAAUUUAUUCUGGACAAAAUCCUGUAGAAUAUAUUAAAUGAGAAAUUUUUAAAUUCAGAAUUCAUACCCCUGAAGAUUAAUGCUGGAAUAAAUAAUGUGUAUUUAUUGAAUAAUGAAAGGAUAGCUGUUGAAAAUUAGAGAGUGGUUUAAAGAAAUUUUUUCACAAAUCCUAUAAUACAGAUAACAUAUAUUUUGCAUCCUCUACAAUUAAAAUAAAUUAGAAAUGAACAGUUAGGUAGCCAAAAGACAGAUAUUAACUUGGAAAGGUUUUCCCUAAGUUUAUGAAAAUGUUAAGAUUUACAUCCUUACAGAAAAGGUAACUGUUUACAGUGGUGCAGUGAAGGCUUGUUUGCCCUUCACCUAGUUUCAGUACAUCUGAUGUCUCUCUUUUUUAUGUGUAUACUAACACAUAUAUACACACAAAUACAUAUAUACCCAUGCAUGUCUUAUGUCUAUGUAUAUACACAGAUGCAUAUAUAUAUCAUACUUAUUACACAUGAAUAUAUGUAUAUAUUACAUAUAUCACUUUUCCUGUUUUUUGAGUGAAUGUUUUAGGUAUCAUUCACCUCUAAAAAAAAGGCAACAUACAACUGCUAGGAUCAAAGAUAAUCUUCUAGAUGUCUACUAAACCAUUGUCACAAAAAAAUUCACAGUAACCCUAUAAUGUCUUAAAAUAUUCACUCCAUUUGCAAAUUUCUCUAAUUUUUAAAAUAAUGUCUUUUAGCACUGUCUUUUUCACAAGCCAAGAACCAAACUAAUCUCAUAUAUUUUAUAUGAUUAUGGCUUAUUAAGUCUCUUUUAGUCAACAGCCUACCCUUCAUCAUUUUUUUUUUUUCAUCGUUUUGUGACAUAGACUUUUUGAAGACUUUAGAUUUGACCUAAAUAGUGUUGCACAUGCUGUGUUUGUCUUAUUGUUUCUGGAGGUGUGAUUAACUUGUUUCUUUGUCCUCUAUAUUUACUGUGACCUGGAGGUUAUGAUUAGAGGCUUGAUUGGGUUUCAGAUUAAACAUUUUCAAAAGACUACUUCAUAGAUAGUAUCAUGUACUUAAUAUUGUAAAGUAUCAGGUGGCCUACAAGUGAAACUAUGUUUUAUCCCUUGAUUCAUGUAUUGACCACCAGCUCCUUCCAUUGUAUGGGUGAAUUUUUUCUUUGCAAUUAAAUAAGUAAUCCAUGGAAAGUCAUGUUGGAAAUUUGAACAGUCUUCUGUAUUCUAUUUUUAGAGAUGGGGUAUUGCUAUGUUGCCCAGGCUGGAAUUCAGUGGCUAUUCACAGAUGUUAUAUAGCACACUACAGCCUUGAACUCCUGAGCUCAGGCAAUCCUCCUGCCUCAACCUCUGGAGUAGCUGGGACUAUAGGCACACAGUGCUACACCCAGUUGCUUAAAGAAAUUAAGAUGAAAAUCCUCAUCUUUUAUAUUUACCCAUAUAUUUACUAUUUCCCAUGCGGUUUAUUUCUUUCCAGAGAUCUGAAUUUUUCUCUGGUAUCAUUUCCCUACAGUAUGAGGAACUUAACUUAGCAUUUCUUAGAGUGAACGUCUGCUGGUGAUGAAUUUUCAUAGUUUCUUUUACUGAAAUGCCUUUAUUUUUUAAGGAUUUCUUCUGGCUAUGGAAUUCUGGGUUGGCAGUUUUUUUGAGAUAUAUGAAUAUAUGUGUGUGUAUACACACACACACACAAAGAAUACACACACAUAUAUAUACUCGUAAAGAGAUAUAUAUUGUUUUAUAUAUGUAUAUAUAAAUCACCGACUUCUGGUCUUCAAGUCUCCAUAGAUUACAAGAAGAAAUCAUUUGAAUUGUUUUUUCUCUUAUGUAAUGUGUCCUUUUUCUCUGGGUGCUUUCCAGAUUUUCUUAUUACCUUUGGUUUUCAGCUGUUUGAGUAUGAUGUGCCUAGGUAUGGUUUUCUUUGUGUUAAUUCUGCUUGGGGUACUCUGAGCCUCUGAAAUUUGUACACAUGUGCCUUUCACCAAAUUCCAGAAAUUCUUGGCCAUUAUAACUUCAAAUAUUUUUUCUGCAUUUACUCUACUCAUAUGUUAAAUCUUUUGGUACUGUCCCACAGGUCACUGUCUUUGUUAUUUAUCUUCAGUAUUUUUUUUCUGUUCUUCAGCUUGGACAACUUCUGUUACUCUAUUUUCAAAUUCACUUAUUCUUUUUUUCUGUCAUUUCAGUUCUGCUGCUAAGCCUAUCUAUCAAAUUGUUUAAUUUCAGAUAUUACAUUUUUCAGUUCUAGAAUUUUCCUUUAGUAUUUUUAUAGUUCCUAUUUCUUUACUAAGAUUGCCUAUUUCUUCAUUGCAUGCAUCUUUUCACAAGGCUUUUCAGUCCUGUUAAAAUCCUCUAUAUAUUGAUUCAUGCUAGAAAAAUAUAUAAAAUCAUUAUUAUGAACUUAUACUGUGAAAAGUUUUCAUUUCAAUGAAUGUUCCUAUUAUUUUCACUAGGUCACAAAAAAAAAAGCUUUCCUUUCCUUGGAGUUUCAGAUUUUGCUUAUUCAUAUGCAAUGUGAUACUGGUGAGAAAAAAAAUCACUGUCUUCUUUUUCCUUUAUUAUUAAAUAUUUGGAAAACUUUCUUUAAAGAAAAUCUUGAACUGGAGUUCAAAGUACGAGAAAUCUUUGUAAAUGUCUUACACCAUUAAACAGAUGAGCAUUGGGAAAGAACAUAAGAUUAAUCGUUCUCUAUUUCUUUUUUGUUUUGUUUUGUUAUGUUUUUUUGAGACGGAGUCUCACUCUAUCACCCAGGCUGGAGUGCAGUGGCGCGAUCUCGGCUCACUGCAAGCUCCGCCUCCCAGG